AUGGGGAAGGGCCGGGACAAGAGGAAGAAGCAGCGGGGGUCAAUCACGGCGGGCAGGGGCGCCGACAAGACGCAGAGGAAGACGGAAAAGAACGAGGGCAAGAAGCAGAGACGGAGCGAUCGGCGGGCGGAGGACGACGACAUCGAUGCCAUACUGGAGAGGCUGAGGCUGGAUGACGCCGCCAAGACGAGGGUCACGGUGGAGGAGAACUGCGCGGCGCCGGAGCCCAGGGUGUACGCUACGUACACGGCCGUGCAAUCGGAGCGUGGCAACAAUGUCGUGAUCUUUGGUGGCGAAUGUGAAGAUUUGGACACCGGGCGCAUGCGGAUGUACAAUGACCUCUACAUUUAUAAAUGUGACAAGGACCGCUGGACAAGGAUAACUAGCCCCAACAGCCCUCCCCCAAGGAGUGGACACCAAACUGUAGUGCACAAGAAGUUCCUGUACAUGUUUGGUGGCGAGUUCACCUCGCCGCGUCAGGAACGGUUCCACCACUACAGGGAUCUGUGGAGAUUCAACCUUGAGGCCUCCACAUGGGAGUCCCUGCCAAUGCGGCGGGGCCCAACUGCAAGGUCGGGUCAUCGGAUGGCCGUGUACAAGAACAAGAUUUACCUGUUUGGUGGAUUCUACGAUACUGGCAGGGACGAAAUGAGGUACCACAACGACCUGUGGGUGCUGGAUUUGGAGGAGGUUCAAUGGACGCCCGUGGCGCAGGCCACAAACCAUGGCCCGUGCCCCAGAGGCGGCUGCCAGGUGAUUGUCUUCGAGGACGUGCUGUAUCUGUACGGUGGCUACAGCAAGUACAAAGACGACGAGGAUGCCGAGAUGGAGCACGGGGUGGUGCACGACGACAUGUGGGCGCUCGACCUCAAGACACACAAGUGGGAGAAGGUAAAGAAGGCGGGCAUGGCCCCAGGGGCCCGCUCGGGCUUCGGCUGGGUGCCCCACAAGCGCAAGGCCGUCCUGUUCGGCGGCGUCACGGACAAUGAGGCGCGCCUGGGGGAGGUCAUGGCGUCGGAGUUUCACAGCGAGCUGUACCAGUUCAACUUCGACAGGCGGCGGUGGUUCCCGGUCACAAUGCGGAGUCCGGCCGGCAAAGGGAAGAGACCGGUCGACGGUGCUGGGAAACCGAGGGGGGAGGAGGUGGGGAAGGGAGCGGGGGAGGCAGGGAGCUCAGACUGCCCAGAGACUGCGGCCACGGCUUCCUGCGAUUCAAAAGCAGCAGACCGCAGGGUGCACAACGCGGUUGUCAAGAUUCAAUCCAGAUACAGGGGCUACGUCGUGAGAAAGGCUUACAAGCUGUACAGAAUCGGCGGGGUGGUCUCCGAGGUGCUGUACUCGCCCGCCGCCUACGGCGUGGACCUGUCCUCAAGGAACGCCCCGAAGCCGCGCGCGCGCAUCGGCGCUGGCAUGGCGGUGCUGCGCAACACGCUGUGGCUCUUCGGUGGCGUGGUGGAGGUGGGGGACCGUGACGUCACUUUGGAUGACGUGUGGGCGCUGGACUUGGGGAAGCUGGACGGAUGGAGGUGCCUGAGGGAGAACAGCGCGGAGGAGCAGGCGUUCCAGGAGUCAGAUGGGGGGAGCGGGUCGGGCUCUGAGGAUUCGGAGGAAUGCGGUGAAUGA